CAAGAAAAAGCACAUCGAAUAUGUCAUGCUCAAGAUAGAUGGUUUUCACCAAAUGAACAUAAUUUAAUAAGAGGUGGUUAACUGGACAUAGACUUUCUAUUUUAAUAACGAAUCGUCACUGAUUUGUGAGAGAAAGCCCGCUCUACUCUCUUUUUCUCUCUUACACAAACACGCUCGCUCAAGAAAACGGGCUGGAAACGCAAACGGAUCUAGUAAAUCUUGGAAAGCAGUAAUGGAUUACUGCUUCAGAUCUCUCACCAGAGUAUCAAUUUCCACCAUUCUUCUCGCCAUAUUGCUUUCUUCAUUCAGUUUCACUUGCACAGAAGCCUAUGAUGCACUCGACCCAAAUGGAAACAUCACAAUCAAGUGGGAUAUCAUAAGUUGGACACCUGAUGGCUAUGUUGCUGUUGUGACAAUGUAUAACUUCCAGCAAUAUCGGCACAUUUCACCUCCAGGGUGGACAUUAGGUUGGACAUGGGCUAAAAAGGAGGUGAUAUGGAGCAUGAUGGGGAGUCAAACCACUGAACAAGGAGAUUGUUCAAGAUACAAAAGUGCACCACCACAUUGCUGCAAGAAAACUCCAACUGUUGUUGAUUUAUUACCAGGAACCCCUUACAAUCAACAAAUUGCAAACUGCUGCAAAGGAGGUGUCAUCAACUCGUGGGCCCAAGAUCCCAACAAUUAUGCCAGCUCAUUCCAGGUCAGCGUGGGUGCAGCCGGAACCACUAACAAAACUGUCAAACCGCCCAAGAACUUUACCUUGCUUGCACCCGGUCCAGGCUAUACGUGUGGGCCCGCUGUUGUUGGUAAACCAACAAAGUUUAUUACUCCAGAUGGAAGAAGAGUAACUCAAGCCAUGAUGACAUGGAACGUUACAUGUACAUAUUCACAGUUUCUUGCUCAAAAAACUCCCACUUGCUGUGUAUCUCUCUCUUCUUUCUACAAUGACACAAUCGUACCCUGCCCAACCUGCACAUGUGGAUGCCAAAACAAUAUUACUCACCCUGGAAGCUGUGUAAACCCAAACUCACCAUAUCUAGCUUCAGUUGUUAAUGGGCCUGGUAAGAACAGCUUAACACCUCUGGUUCAAUGCACUAAACAUAUGUGCCCUAUUCGAGUUCAUUGGCAUGUGAAGCUUAAUUACAAGGAAUACUGGCGUGUGAAGGUCACCAUUACAAAUUUCAACUACAGGAUGAAUUACUCUCAAUGGAAUUUGGUUGUUCAACACCCCAAUUUUGAUAACCUUACUCAAAUUUUCAGCUUUAACUACAAACCAUUGACUCCUUAUUCUUCUAUAAAUGAUACUGCUAUGUUGUGGGGUGUUAAGUUCUACAAUGAUUUUCUGAAUCAAGCUGGACCAUUGGGGAAUGUUCAAUCAGAGUUACUCUUUCGUAAAGAUAAAUCAACAUUUACAUUUGAAAAGGGUUGGGCUUUUCCAAGAAGAAUCUAUUUCAAUGGUGAUAACUGUGUGAUGCCACCUCCCGAUGCAUACCCUUAUCUCCCAAAUGCCAGCUCACGUCUAAGCUUCUCGUUAUUCAGUCUAUUGAUGGGGUCUUUGGUCUUUUUCUUUUCCCUUGUUUGAGGUUUAAGUAGCCCUUGAAGAUUAUCUGCAUGUGGUUCAUCUUAAACAAGAAGGUUUAAGUGUGUAAUGUGGGUGAAUUCACCUGUUUGUCAAUGUUGUGUUACAUUUUUAUUGUGUUGUAGAAUAGUUGAAGUUAUAGUGUUGCUUACAGCUGUAUAAUUAAAACCCACAAGUGAUAAUUUAAAACAGAUAUUCAAUUUUGGUUA